AGCUCAACCUUUACUAUAUUAGUCUUCUCUAAAGCAAAGCUUUCAGUCUCCGCUUAAACCCUACUAGCAGAGAAACAACCCAGAUUGAGCUAGAACAAUGAAACAGUCUAUCAUAAGAAAUGUCUCCCUUUAUGCUCGUACUCGUCUUCUCUCUCCUCCCUGCUGCAAACCCAGUUCUAGGACUACCCAACUCGCUCUUUCGACUCGGCCCAGAUUGAGCUUCUACUCGACUGACUCUCAAUCACAUAACCAAGAGGUUUCCAAAGAUGAAGAAGACGACGUCAGUGACGAAGAGCUGAAAAUGCAGAUUGACGACUACUUUAAAGGAAAUGACAAGGCAAUACCAACUAUCUUUGAGGCAAUUCUGAAGAGGAAGUUAACAGGGAAGCAUGAACAGACUGAUGAGAAGUUGAUGGAAGAACUUUGCGGGAAGAGGCAGGGAUCGCUGAGUGACGAUGAAGAGGAGGAUGAGGAAGAGAUUGAAUCUGAUUUGGAUGAGUUGUAUGGGAGUGAUGAGAAGGCUGCUGAUUUGAAUCAGGCAAUGGAUAAGUUGAUGAAGGAAAUGCCAAUCACGAAAAGAGAAAAUUGAUGGGUGACAGAAUAAGUGAGCAAGCAAAGCUUGACUGGUUCGAUGGAUUUGUAAUGUGAAACCAGUAUCCCCUUUAUGAUUUAGUUUCUUUAGAACUUAUUCGGUUCAUGGUCUUGUAGGUUAAGCUUUCGAAUUCGCAAAAUCAUGUGACAGUAAGUGUAUUGUAUUUGCCAUUUUGCUGAAUGAUAAACAGUUUACAUCAGUAUCCA